AUGGGUCUGAUUGAAACAAAGUGGAGUCUUUUGCCUGGUGCAGGAGGAAGUCAACGUUUGGCGCGAGUGGUUGGGUUACCGCUUGCGAAGGAGUUGAUUUUUACGGCUCGUAUCAUCGAUGGCGUCGAAGCUGAGCGAAUCGGUUUGGUUAAUCACGCGGUCAACGGAGAUGAUGAAGCAGCUUAUCAGAAAGCACUUGAAAUUGCUCGAGAGAUCCUCACGAAGGGUCCGCUCGCAAUUAGAGCAGUAAAAACGGCGAUAUCGAUCGGUAAUGAGAUGGACUUAGCGAGUGGUUUACGAUUGGAGCAACAGUGUUAUGGACGUGUAUGA